UUAAAAAGUGAAAACAGAACCGCUAUCGUCCCGAUCUCGAGUCUUUUUCCUCGUAAAUUGUACAGAUAUUCAGCGAAAUUUUAAAUUUCGUUAGUAGAUGUUGAUUGGGGGGCCACUUUGGCAGGAUCGCGCGUUGGUUUUACGAGAAUUUGUGACCGUGAAUCGAGAAUCCAAUUUUCGUCAACCGAACAGCGGAGGAGGAGGACGCACACAAUGAAGUCCCCGCUGCCGGUGCCGGAGUUUUUGGAGGAGAACAACCUGUCGCUUUCGUUCAAGCAGCCCCACCGGCGGAACCAGGUGAACCAGCGGCCACCGAAGCCGCCCAAGCUGUACCCCAAGUUCGAUGCCAGCUUCAGUCGGAGUUUGAACGGGUCGUGCGGCGCUAGUGCGAUUUCGUUCCGGAACGGGGGGGCGCGGGCAGAGUUGAGUACGCUGUACCAGCGGGACAAGCGGGAAUCGUACUACGAGCAGUGCUUCGAGCAGAUUGCCAAAGUGGGGGAGGGUUCGUUCGGGGAGGUGUUCAAGGUAAAGAGUAAAGUGGACGGGUGUUUGUACGCGGUCAAGAAAUCGAAGGAGUUUUUCCGAGGGGAGCACUACCGGCAGGAACGGCUGGAGGAGGUGCGGCGGUACGAGCAGUUUAGCGAGCACGAGAACUGCGUCAAGUUGAUACAAGCGUGGGAGCAGGAGGAUCGGCUGUACAUGCAGAUGGAGCUGUGCAAGGGCAGUUUGGAGGAUUACGUGCGCGAGCAGCGGUUUAUUCCGGAGGAACGGAUCUGGUCGAUACUGCUGGAUUUGCUGCUGGGCUUGAAAAGUCUGCACGAUCGCCAGUUGAUCCAUCUGGAUAUAAAGUUGGACAAUAUUCUGAUAACGGACGACGAAGUAUGCAAGCUGGCGGAUUUUGGGUUGGUGUUUGAUCUGACGAACCGCAACCUUCAUCAGGCCACCGAGGGUGAUUCGCGGUACAUCGCACCGGAACUGAUGGAAGGUCGCUACACGAAAGCUGUUGACAUCUUCAGCCUGGGAAUCGCCGUACUGGAACUGUCCUGCAAUUUGGAGCUUCCCUCCAAUGGACCACUUUGGCAACGGUUGCGCAGCGGGUCGCUUCCACCGGAGCUGCUGUGCCGGCUAUCGCAAGAACUUCAGGACGUGAUCCGGUGGAUGAUGAGCCCGGUGCCGGAGUCGCGUCCCUCGGUGGACACGCUUUUGCGAUUUCCGCGAAUAGCGGACCUUUACCGCGAACGGAGACGCUGGCGACUGGUUCGCGGUGUGAAAUCAUACCUGUUCCGGAAAUUGUGCAAUCUACGAUGCUUCCUCGCCAGUCUGGUGCUGUCCAUUGGCAGCAGUCUGCGGUUGAACCACGCCAAGCCAUCGGUACCGCCAGGUGGGCACAAGACAAAGAACCAUCGACCGCCCAACCGAAGUUACUGUAACGGAACAUCCGGUGCUACUUCUCCAAACAACAGCGUUCGAACCUGUCUGAUGAAGGACUUUGAAGACGACGAGGAAGAAAUGCUGCAGCAGUCCAGUAGCAGCGGAGAUCUGGAUGUAUCGGGCGGAAGCCGAGAAAGCGGCAGCGUCCAAAUCACACCCACGCUCAACAACACCGUUCCGUCCCAUACACCCUCGCUCCGCAUGAUGAACUCAACGCCGCUGAACCACAACCACAUUGGACUGCGACUCAGCUUCCGCAACAACUGCGUGGAAACACCCACUCGAAACAUCAGCUACGACUCCGGCGAGGAGGACUUUAUGUUUCCGCUCGAUGCGAACAACGCGAGCCGGCGGGUUCACGGCGAUCUGUCCCGGCACUCGAGCUCGAUGCUGCAGAGCCCUGGUGGCGGCGGCCCCAGCGGCACCGGCCCCUCCGGCGAUUCUUCGUUCCUGACGAAGAAGAAACUUUUCUUCAAAUCGGACGACUCGGACUAAGCCGCGAAGGGCGGUGGUGGCGCACAAUGCGCGCGCACAGCUUUGUUCCUUUUUACCUCAAACAAUUAUAAAAAAGAAGAAGAAGAAAAAUCGCAGAUCAAAUAACCUUACGGAUCUCAAACUCGGGAAAGUUUGCCUCAUUUACGCCGUUUAGCUGUAAAUAAUUUACGAAUGUAACACAAAGACAGAGAGAGAAUGAGAGAGUAGAAUAGUGACUAGUGCAGAAGGGAGCAGAAAAAAAAAACAAGUAAAGCCUAAUGUGAUAUGCAAGCGAAAUGAUUUAUGAAAUAAUAACGGUUAAAGUUGUUGAACGAUAGCCCAGCCCAGUUGGUGUGAAAUUCUUUUCUCGGUUUAGUGUUUUUGUGUUUUAAUGCGUUACUUUCGGUUUGCAGUUUUUCAAAAAAUUGUGUUUGUUAAAAAUGUCGAUACGCCUCAAGAUAUCGAUGCGGUUUUGAGACAGGUCGAGUGUCGAAAAGAAAAUGUAUUCCUUAUCUUCAACUAUAGGUACCACCAUAAUUGAACUUUAAUCGCUUAGCCAGAAGGAAAUUUAGACGUAAGCACGUAAUAGAAUAUGAGAUAUCUAAUAUCGAGUCGGUAGUUUUCAUACUAAUAUUUUUAUAGAAAUUUUCUAUAUUACAAUAACGCAAUAAACUGGUGUAUUUUACAAAAAAUGAAA